AUGAAAUCUGCCAAAUCAGCAUAUUCAUUGAGUACAAAUUUAGCCAGUUAAUACACAGAGAGAGUUUAUAGAACCAAAAAGCCCGUACUUCGUAUAAACACAGAAACCAGUUCGAGGAUCAAGAGUGCCUAAAUCGGAUCCUCAUCUAGAAAAUGCUAUACAAAUACUAGUAGAAUCAUUGAAUCCUAGACUGCAUCUAAAAUUCCUUUGCAAAUAUAUUAAAGAUACAUAGAAGAAUCUUUCAUGUCCAACAACCAUGAUAAAAUCGUAAAGGAAAUUAAAUUAGUGGAGCCUACUGUAAUUAAUCAUCUCAACAUCAACUUUUAUGAAACUCAACAAUUGAAUCAUGGAAUGAGUCUUUAUGACAAGCAUCCCAAUUUGCUCUUUAAAAUGUAUGAAACACUGAUAAAUCUCGAUAAAAAUGUGAUGCAAGAAUUGUUCUUAUAUGAAUCCUUGGCUGAUAAAGAUUAAAUUGGAAUGAAGGAAAAGAAGGAGAGAAACAUUACAGAUAAUUUUAGAUUUGAUUUUUUCAUCAAAGCAAUCAAUAUAAUGGAUGACUUUAUAAUCACAUUAAUUAAAAUUAUAGAUGAUAAAACUUUGGCGGUCUUCAUUGAAUAAUUAUGGAAGUUUUGGGUUAUACUACUCGAUAUCAAUACUCAAUGGUCAUAAACUAGAUAUAAAGCCUUACUGGAUAUUCAAGUGGGAGCUGUAGAAUCCUAAUUAAAGGAUUGUUAGUUUAGUUUGGAUGCUUUAAGAGAGAAGUACAUUCAAAAGGUAAAGGGACAUCAACUGAGAGUUGCAGUAGAGUAGAAGAAGAACCUUCAUCUCAAGGAAGAGAAUUUGAAAUGGCUUUAGAUGUAUAUUGAAUUGGAGACCAAACUAGAGGAGUUAAAUAGUUUAGAAAAAGCGUAGGGGGAAAUUAGAAAGAUUAACUUGGAUUUAAAAGAAAUGGAUUUCCAAUUCAAUGUCUUUUAAAAAAAUAUGAUGGAUUCACAAAAAUCAGUUUGCACUACUGUAAAGAAUUUGGCAACUCUUCUGAAACGAAAAGACUAAAAGUCCUUUAGUGAAUUUUCAUAUGAAGAACUAAAUCUAUUUGAUUAUCCAGGAUUUAAUGACGACUAUCUACUUAUCAAUCCUUUAAUAUUUCUCUUGUAAAUUAGAGCCAAAGACCAGAAGACUACUCCUAAUGAUUUUUUAUCAUUCCUAGUGUAAAACAUAUACCAAUACCCCAAUAUGUCAGGACCAGAACUGUUUAUGCAAUACAUAGAGAUUGAUUUUAAUAAAGCCCAUUUUCUAAAGGAUCUAAUCAAAUCUACUGAUGAUGAUAUAAUCAAUAUAACAAAAUUAAUUUUAGGAAUAGGCAACAAAAACCCAGUGAGUCAUCUCGUAAUUCUGGAGACCAUUAAAUUGUGUAGAGCUAUUGAAAAUUAAUACAAAAGCUUGGAAUAAUCUCAAACAGCAAGCCUUAACAAAAGGACAAGUCUUAUUUUAAGUUAAGAAAAGUCAAUCACUCACAAUAUUGAUUUGAAUUACGAGUUCUCAGUUGCAGGAUCUGAAAUUACUUUAGGUUAAUAAUUAUACGAGUAAGUUCUUCAAACCAGUACAACAACAAUUAAACUCAGCAAAAUGAUGCAUAUUGCUAUUAAAUAUUAUGCUGAAAAAGAAUAUGGUAAAUGGUAGAGUUGUUGUUAUUUAUGGUAAUAAGGCACUUUGAAAAUUGAAUCUCGUUGGGAUUAAUAGGAAUCAUUUUAAAAUAUGGAUGGUUUUCUUGUAUGGUAAUUUGUGAAUCUCAAGUAUAAGAAUUCCAAAUCUUAAGAUUAGUCUUCCUUAGAUUAAUGUUUCAACUGGGUCUAUAAGAUUUGGCUUAUGCGACCCAAAAUCUUUAUUAAAAAUGCUGGUGAUCACAUUGAAACUUAGAGAAGCUCUCAUACGAAUCAGAAACCGUAAGACAAGUUGGCAAUACCAUAUAAAAAGUCCAUUACUCUUAUAGACUCUUAAAGAAAAAAAUGA